AUGGAGAAUAAAAAUGUGGAAGAGGUCUCGAUCAUCAAUGUUUCUUCUCUUUCAUGCAUAGAUCUAGACAACUCUGAUCUUUAUCAAUCAGCUGUUUUGCUCAAGAAGGCAUGUCUGGAUUGUGGAUUUUUCUACGUCGUAAACCACGGUAUAAGUGAGGAGUUGAAAGAAGAGGCUUUCGAGCAGAGCAAGAGGUUCUUCACUCUUCCGUUGGAAGAGAAAAUGAAAGUUUUGAGAAACGAAAAGUAUCGAGGCUAUGCACCAUUCCAUGAUUCUCUCUUAGAUCCUAAAAACCAAGUUCGAGCUCUUGUUGUAACUUAUAUGUAUUUCUAG